AUGGAGACGCAGGGGGUGGAGCCUGAGGAGGAAGGCGGCCGCGACCAGGAAGAGGACGCGUCUCGGGCCAUGGAGCGGUUGGAGGCGGGGGCAGCCGGCAGCUCGCCGGAGCCUGAGGAGUCCGACGAUCUUCUUUGGUUUCAUGAUCAGCUGGAGCCAGCAGGAAGUUCUUCAUCCAGAGUCAUAGUGCACGUGGAUCUGGAUUGCUUUUAUGCACAAGUAGAAAUGAUCUCAAAUCCGGAACUAAAGGGCAAACCUUUAGGAGUUCAGCAGAAAUCUUUGAUGGUUACCUGCAACUAUGAAGCUAGGAAACUUGGAGUUAAGAAAUGUAUGAGUGUCAGAGAUGCAAAAGAAAAGUGUCCACAACUGGUAUUAGUUAAUGGAGAAGACUUGACUCGUUACAGAGAGAUGUCAUAUAAGGUUACAGAGUUGUUGGAAGAAUUUAGUCCAGUUGUUGAGAGACUCGGAUUUGAUGAAAAUUUUGUGGAUCUAACAGUAGUGGUUGAGAAGAGACUACAGCAACUUCAAAGGGAUGAACUUUCAGCGCUGACUGUGUCAGGUCAUGUAUACAGUAAUCAGUCCGUAAACCUGCAGGACGUCUUGCACAUCAGACUCCUUGUUGGAUCUCAGAUUGCAGCAGAGAUGCGGGAAGCCGUGUACAAUCAGCUGGGUCUCACUGGCUGUGCUGGAGUAGCUUCUAAUAAAUUAUUGGCGAAAUUAGUUUCUGGUGUCUUUAAACCAAAUCAACAAACAGUCUUAUUACCUGAAAGUUCUCAAGAUCUCGUUUAUAGUUUGAACCACAUAAAGAAAAUACCUGGUAUUGGCUAUAAAACUACCAAACGUCUUGAAGCUCUGGGUAUCAGUAGUGUGCGUGAUCUUCAAACCUUUUCAUCCAAAAUAUUAGAAAAGGAAUUAGGACUUGCAGUUGCUCAGCGUAUCCAGAAGCUCAGUUUUGGAGAGGAUGACUCUCCUGUGACGUCCUCAGGACCACCUCAGUCCUUUAGUGAAGAAGAUUCAUUUAAAAAAUGUUCAUCAGAAGUUGAAGUUAAAAAUAAGAUUGAAGAACUACUUGCUAGUCUUUUGAACAGGGUAUGCCAAGAUGGAAGGAAGCCACAUACAGUAAGAUUAAUAAUCCGUCGGCAUUCAUCUGAAAAGCCCUGGAGCCGUGAGAGUCGUCAGUGCCCUAUUCCAUCCCACGUAAUUCAGAAGUUAGGGACAGGAAAUUAUGAUGCGAUGACCCCAAUGGUUGAUAUAGUUAUGAAACUUUUUCGAAAUAUGGUGAAUAUGAAGAUGCCAUUUCAUCUUACCCUUUUAAGUGUGUGCUUCUGCAACCUUAAAGCACUGAAUACUGCUAAGAAAGGGACUAUUGAUUAUUAUUUAACACCGUCAUUAUCAACAACUUCACGCUCUGGCAAGCGCAGUUUUAAAAUGAAAGACACUCAUAUGGAGGAUUUUUCUAAAGACAAAGAAACAAAUUGGGAUUUUCUACCAACUGGAAGAAUUGAAAGUACAAGAACUGGGGAGUCUCCACUAGAUAACACACAUUUUUCUGAAGAAAAAGACAGUAAUGAAUUCCCACUCUGCUCACUUCCUGAGGGUAUUGACCAGGAAGUAUUUAAGCAGCUUCCAGUAGAUAUUCAAGAAGAAAUCCUUUCUGGAAAAUCUGGAGAAAAAGUUCAAGGGAAAGGAAGUUUGAGUUGUCCAUUACAUGCCUCUAGAGGAGUAUUAUCUUUCUUUUCCACAAAACAAAUACAAGAUAGUCCCUUACAUCCUAGAGAUCAUUUAUCCAAUAGCAAACAGAUGUCCUCUGUAUCUCCCUGUGAACCGGGAACUUCAGGCUUAAAUAGCAGUAGUUCCUCUUAUCUGUCUAGCCAAAAGGAUUAUUCACAUUAUUUAGACAGUAGAUUAAAAGAUGAACGAAUGAGUCAAGGACCUAAAGAAUCUAAAGGAUUCCACUUUUCAAAUACAAACCCCACUGUAUCUGUUUUCCACUCAUUUCCAAAUUUGCAGAGUGAGCAACUUUUCUUCAAAAACCGAACUACAGAUAGCCAUAAGCAACCAACAGCAACAGUCUCUCGGCAUGAAGGACUAACAGAAAAUAGAGAGCAAGACUCUACUGAUGAGAAAAUUACUUUUCCUUCUGAUGUUGAUCCUGAAGUUUUCUAUGAACUACCAGAAGAAGUACAAAAAGAGUUGUUGGCUGACUGGAAGAGAACAUGAUCAGAUUUCCAUAUUGUAAAUAAAUAAGCAUGUUCAGAAAAAAGGUCUAAAAAAGCAAGGGAAAGACCACUGUUGUUGGCAGUUUAUUAAGCUCUUCUAAAUUAAACACUAAUAGAUAUUCAAUAAUGUAGAAAUCCAACAUAAAAUGCUCUAGAUAAAGCAAGAAUAGUUAUGGGAAGUAAAUUCUGUCACAGCAUAAAAAUAUUUAUGACAGAAGAAAUAAUGUAAAAUAGUACCUUCCUCUGAUUUCUAAAGCUAUUUCAUAUUGCUUUUCAAUAAAAAGAAUAUCGUAGUCAGCAUUAGUACAUUUUCCAUAAAUUGGGGGGAAGAUAUAUAUGCCUGCGUCUGAAAAAUAAACUAGCUAAAUCAUUGCUAUGCUAUAGUGAAGAACAGUUUUUUUUUGGUGAAGUAUGGAAUGACUUGAGAAAUUCAGCCCAUUAGGAAAUAGCCAAAUAAGAAAUUCUGCUGCCAGCUAAUCUAUUAAAAGUGUAGAUAUCUUUGAGUAAAGUACUAUGUACCAUAUAAUAAGUUGACUUUUGAAAAAAUACCAAAGCAGUGUAUAUUCAAUUAAUACUUAUUAGUACUCCUAGGACCUACCACAAUGCCUGGCACACAGAGGGCACUCAGUAAAUUUUGAAUGAAUGAAUUGUGUGGCAGGGACCAGGUGGGGAGUUGGGCGGGGAAGUGUAUAUGUUGUAGAGAACUAGAAGAACUCUCCGUACAAAUAGAUUAAGGGAAAGAUGGAAACCAGAAACGCAAGGUAAUAGGUCUUUAAGAAUGCUAGAUAAUGGAAGAAGUCCAUUUCCUUCUGGCCAGUCUGUAGAGUUUAAAAGCAAUGGAUUAGAUGUUUUUGUAUCUUCUCCACAUUUUGGAGAUAAGAUUAAGGACGUCAACCCACAACAAACAUCCACAUUUACUAAAUUGAUGGAUGUUUUCUUUAUCCCAUUGUAAUUACUAUCCCCUCUUGCCUGCCAGAUUAAAAGUUGGAUAUAAGAUUGUGGCCAUCUUAUAGUUUAUAAGACAUGGAAGGUGUUUUAGAACACACCAAAGUAUCCCUCAGCACUGGCUUGGAGGAGUUCUGUUCUCAAGUUUAUAACCUCUGCAGAUAUAAUCUAAAGAAGAGACGAUGAAAAGAAAGUACACGUGAAUAAAGAGUAGCUUAGAAAUACUUUCUUCUAGGUAAGAAGUUUUAACUUAAAUUUAGAUUUCUUGAAAUUUGAAAAUUCCCUAACCACCAAGGGUUUUUAAAAGGGAGUUUGGGGUUAUCAAAAACAAUAUCUUGGAGCAAGAACAUCGGAAGUUAUUUGCUGUGCAAAUAUUUAGAGCUCUGGAUCAAGGACUAAAGAAUUUUCUACAUGUAGUAUUCUGGUAAGGUAGUUAAAUUCAUAAAAGGAGUAUAUUUUUCAGAUAAUACGUUUUUUAAAAGUUUCUAAUAGACCUUGUAAUUAUUUCAGCCAGAAAUUGUUAGACAGCUAGAAAGAUUGAAAAAAAGGAAAAAAAAGAUAUGAAGAGUAAACAGUUUUGGCCAGUUUAAAAAUAGAACACAAAGUAGUAGUUAAAAGUACACCUUCUGAAGUGAGAAUGCAGGGGGUUUAUCACAGCUCUGCUACUACUACUGUGGCCUUAAAUUAGUCUUUCAGCAUCUUUGUGCCUCAGCAUCUGACUUUUUAGGUUGUCUUUUAUCUCUGUCUGCUUUUAAUAAAAGCUUUUUUUCCUUUGGUGUUCUACGAGUGUACUAUUAUGUUUGGAGAUGUGAAUUUCUUUUUAUUUAUCUUUGGUAUAUGCUGGCUUCCUGUAUCUUUCAAUUGAUGCUAGUUCUGUAAAAUCUUUAGCCACCAGCUCUUCAGAUAUUACUUCUCUAUUCUUCUAGGACUCUGAUUACACAAAUGUUGGACUGUCUUACUCCAUCCUUCGUGUUCCUUAAUCUCUCAUACUUUUUCGUCAUUCUGUUUAUCUGUGCUACAUGUUGGUUAAUUUCAUUAGCUCUGUCUCUUGUUUACUAAUUGUUUUUCAGCAAUGUCUGAUCUACCAUUUAAAACACUAAUUUCAAUAAUUAUAUUUUUCAUUUGAUUCUUUUUCUCAUCUUCCUAUUUAUUCACUAUAGUCUCUGGUAAGUCCAUUUCUAAUUUAAAAAACUCAUAAAUAUUUUCUAUUCUGUUUCUGAUCGUUUCAAUGUUGUAAAUCUUUAUAAGUCUAAAUUUUUGCAUAUCGUUCUGUACCAUUUUGGCUUGUUUCCUUGAGUGUGUGGCUAAACUUAAUCUGUGGGAAAACAAAGGACCUAAGUUGUGGAUGCUUCCCCUUCAGGUGUGAUUUGCAUUUGCUUGCAAUGAGGCAGUACCAAUCUAUUGGCACCACUGUAACCCCUUCAAAGGUCCUGACUAAAUGCAUUUAAUUUGUCUUAUUUUGCCUUGUUUUCAGCUCCCUGACCUUGCUGCUGCUAUCCUAAGAUUUUGUCUCCAGAGGUCAAUUGCUGGCUCCUAUCAGCAUUUGCCUUCAGUGUAAACCUCACCUUCGAAGCCUGCUUCUUGCCUGAUGCUUCCUGCUUCUUUCCUGCUUUUGUUUCAGCUUUUUUUUUCCUGUGUGAGUGUAGAGGGAUG